AGCUGAGAGAGCAGGAGGAGAGUGAGAGCUGUGCUGAGGCAGACUAACUCCACCCUGACAUCAAGAAGAUGGAGGAAGAGGACGGAGCAGCAUCUGCAGCAUCCAGCUGUGUGUCUGUGAGGAGUGACGGAGUUACACAAACACCUCCACCUUACAGUCAUGGACCUGCAGCAAUAAUAGGUCAGAGGUCACAGUCUCCAGCACCCAGCUGUGUGUCUAUGAGGAGUGACUGGUCCAGAGACAGACCUCCAGGCUUCAGUAAUGAACCUGCUCCAACAAUGUCCUUCAAUCAUGGAGCUCAGCUGACCAUAGGUCAGAGGUCACAGUCUCCAGUAUCCAGCUGUGUGUCUGUGAGGAGUGACUGGUCCAAAGACAGACCUCCAUAUUUCAGUCAUGAACCUGCAGCAACAAUGUUCUUCAAUCAUGGAGCUCAGCUGACCAUAGGUCAGAGGUCACAGUAUCCAGUAUCCAGCUGUGUGUCUGUGAGGAGUGACUGGUCCAGAGAAAUAGAUCCUCCAGAUUUCAGUCAUGAACCUGCAGCAACAAUGUUCUUCAAUCAUGGAGCUCAGCUGACCAUACUGGCUGACUGUGGACUCUCAGGGACUCACUGUGAAGUUGUGGCCUCGGCUCUGAAGUCCAUCCCCUCCCAUCUGACAGAGCUGGAGAUGAGUAAGAACAAGCUGCAGGAUUCAGCAGUGAAGCUUCUGUGUGCUGGACUGGAGAGUCCAAACUGUCGACUGGAGACUCUGAGAUUGUGGAGCUGUGGUUUGUCAGAGAUCAGCUGUGAUUAUCUGGCAGCAGCACUGAAGUCCAACCCCUCCCAUCUGAGACAGCUGGACCUGAGAUACAACGACAAGCUGCAGGAUCCAGGAGUGAAGCAUCUGUGUGGUUUCCUGGAGAGUCCAGGAUGUAAACUUGAAACUCUGAGAUUGAAGAGCUGUGGUUUGUCAGAGAUCAGCUGUGAUUAUCUGGCAGCAGCACUGAAGUCCAACCCCUCCCAUCUGAGACAGCUGGAUCUGAGCGACAACUACAACCUGCAGGAUCCAGGAGUGAAGCAUCUGUGUGGUUUCCUGGAGAGUCCAGGAUGUAAACUUGAAACUCUGAGGUCAAUUGGUGACUGUGGUUUGUCAGAGAUCAGCUGUGAUUAUCUGGCAGCAGCACUGAAGUCCAACCCCUCCCAUCUGAGAGAGCUGGACCUGUACAAAAACAACAAGCUGCAGGAUCCAGGAGUGAAGCAUCUGUGUGGUUUCCUGGAGAGUCCAGGAUGUAAACUUGAAAGAUUGCUCAGUGAGCACCUGAGUGUUUCUGGGACAUCGGACACUAACUGGAACUUCAAGUCUGGUUCUGAAGCUGCACAUGCAAAGACUGUUUCUGGUUGUAGAGACCUGGCUGUUCCAGGGAUUGUAACCUCCCCAGAGGCUGAGCUGCUGACCUCAGCUGACUCUGGAGCCUUGAAGCCCAAAAGGCAUCCUGAGCUGGCUGACAGCCACCCACAGCUUCAGCUGCCUCAGCCAGGGGUCUCCACACCUGCUGGCCCUGCAUCUGCUCUGACUGGGGGCUCCGGAGAGCCGCGCCAGCCAUCCAUCUCUGCUGGGGCUCCUGUUUGA